AUGAAUCAUCAUUUGGCUAAGAGAAAGCCUCUAAGCCUUGAAGCAUUAAAAAAUACGUUUUUACAAUCUAAAUAUCACUUUAUAGAUUUUUAUUCACUAGAACAAAAAAGAUUUGCUCUCACUUUGAUGAGAAAAGGAUAUCAAAACGUUUGGGAAUCUUUCGUAAAGUUUAAAAAGGUUUGA